GCAUCGCAUAUUUAAGAAUACAAACGCAUUUCCAGUCCUCCCAUGGCUUCCUUCACUCACUGCUUUCUUCUCUUUUUCACUUGCGUUCUCUGCUUCAGAAACGCGUUCCCUGUUCUGGGUUUUCGAUCAGAUUUCGUUUUGUUUCCCGUCGUUAAAGACGCUGCAACUCUUCAGUAUGUUGCGAGGAUUUCUCACGGCACUCCAUUGCGACGCACCGACCUCGUGGUUGAUCUCGGCGGUUCGUUUCUUUGGAUGGAUUGCGAUUCCGGACAGAAGUCUUCAUCAAACAGGUUGAUCCCGAGCUGCUCCGUCAACUGCUCGAGAGCAAAGUUCAAUGAUCCGGGAAGCAAGAGUUGUCUUUUAAACACCAAUUGUAAUGUGUUCCCCAACAAUGUUGUGACGGGAUUGGCCUCAGUAGGGGAACUGGUGGAGGAUAUCGUAGCCGUCGAUUCAGUUGACGCGUUAAAGGUAGGCGAAAUCACAACCGUUGACUACUUCAUCUUUUCUUGUGUACCGACUUUCCAUUUGCAAGGCUUGGCAAGUGGUGCCAAGGGGAUGGUGGGUUUAGGGAAAACUUCCAUUUCACUGCCGUCACAACUCAGUGCCUCAAUCGGGCACCCACAUAAGUUCAGUCUUUGCUUAUCAUCAUCAAAUGGUGUGCUAUUAACCGGCAGUGGAGAAACCCUUUUCGGGUCCAAAUUAACAAGGUCGUUAACGUACACACCCCUUGUCAUCAAACAAGACGACUACUCCAUUCAUGUUCAGUCCAUCAAGAUCAAUGGAAGAAGAUUGGGGUUGGGCAAAUUAGAGGCAAAGUUAAGCACAACCGUGCCUUAUGCCAUGAUGGAAAGCUCAAUCUAUGCAACGUUUUCCAAGGCGUACGUCGAGGCAGCCGCUUCGAUGAACAUGACCAGGGUGGCAACCGUGGCUCCAUUUGGAUUCUGCUUUAGUUACAAAGGGGUUAGGAACUCCAAGCACGGCCCUUUGGUGCCUGAAAUCGAUCUGGUUCUGCAAAGUAAGAUGGUGAAGUGGAGGAUUCAAGGGAGACAUUCAAUGGUGAAAGUAAGCCAAGAGAGCAUUUGCCUAGGGGUUUUGGAUGGAGGAAUGGAACAGAGUAGCCCCAUUGUAAUAGGAGGGCUUCAAAUGGAAGAUAACCUUCUGGAGUUUGAUCUCCAGAGCUCCAUGCUGGGAUUUAGCUCUUCUCUGUUGUUCAAGGAAACAACUUGUUCUUCCUCCUUACAAGAUUUCAAGUUGAAGCAGUUUAUGUAACUUCUCUUUCUUUCUUUUUUGAAGUUUUACUUUGUAAAGGCAAGCAUGAUGGUAUCCGUUGAUGCAAUUUGUGAAGCAUCAAUACUUGUAAUUUGAGGGGAGCACUGUAGCUUCCAGGUUUAAAGUUAUUACA